CUUCACUUAAAUUUCCAAAUAUCAGAGCUAUCCAUCCCAGGUAUUAACAAUCUGAGGGCCAUAACUUGGUAGGAUUGAUCCAAAUAUCUCUGCGAGACAAUACCAACCACCAACGAAAGCGUUCCGGAGAUUGGGGAACGCAGGGAGCCCAUCGCAAUGGCGGCCUCAGACACAUUAGCAUCUAUCGACAUGGCUUUCAUGAAGUUGAAACAAUCUGUCAAUCCAAUUGACGCUGUCACUUUCCAAUCCACUACGCUCGAAGAUGUUUGGAAGGCAGCACUUGCUAUACAACAACGCCAGCGCGAAAGUAAAUCUAUGAAUAACAUGCGACGGAUUGAGCCUUUCUUGAAAACCCUUGAAAGGUACUCCAAGUCGAUAGAAACUCUUUGUAAUGGGACACCGUAUUUACCAUGGAUAUGGGCUCCCAUCAAAUUACUGUUGCAGCUAGCCAGUGCUCAUGCAAACAUCUUCGAAAAACUACUUAACGCAUACGCUCAAAUCGCUGAAUCGAUGCCGCGUUUUGAUCGCCUCCAGAAGACCUUUCAGGACCAUCCCGAUUUUCAAAGAGUCUUAGUCAUGGUCUACUCUGAUAUACUCGAAUUCCACACUCAUGCCUACCAACUUUUCAGACGACGAGCUAGUAGUACUGCUAACUUGAAAUUAGUGUGGCAUGUUGUGUUUGACUCGUUAUGGAAAGAUCUCGACUCGCGAUUCUCAGGAAUCCUAGAAAGCCUUUCCCGUCACAGAGAUCUGCUAGAUAGAGAGGCUUCGUCCAUUAAUAUAGCAGAGGCACGAAGUGCGCGAGUCCGUGCGGAAGAAGAUAUUGCUCGACGUGAGAAAGAGAGGCAAAACUAUCAACUCCAAGAUUCUAUAACUUGGCUUGCCAUCACCAAUGACGAACAACAGGAAAUUAGAGAAAAAUUGCUUCGAAGACGGCAAUCUGGAACCGGUGAAUGGCUUCUCCAAAAUGCGCAAAUAAUGUCAUGGACUAGUGAUAGCAGGAGGCAUCCGAUCAUUUGGCUCAAUGGAAUUCCUGGGGCUGGUAAGACAACACUUCACCGCUAUUCAUCACAAGAAGAUAUGCUAAACUUUCAAUAA